CGAUCAACGUGGUUUAUGUAGACACUUGCAGCCUCACGACAGACAGCAGUCUUGAUUCUUCACCGUGCAGCCACCUGCCGCCCUUUCUUGCUAGCUCAAAACCCAACGUGUGCUGCUGCACCUGCUGGAUUCCUGGGUACCAGGAUAGUUCGACUGUGAAGUUUGAACGCAUCCGUGUACGAAAGCCAGCCUUCAAGCUUCUUGAAUUUGAAGUCUUUCUUUCCGAACGGGUCGGUCAUCAUACACGACCCACUGACAGUGCAUCAGUAAUCCGCGUCUUGACCUACGCUGUGGGCACGGCGACACACACCCCGUAGCGAUCAUUAAUCAUUUGUCAUGCGAGAUAUCUACAUUCCACCAGAGGGUCUGUACUUCCGCCUACUCGGUUAUGCCAGCAAGCACGUCCUCUUCUCGCGAACGAAUGCGCUUCCGGAAUUUGGUCAUUCCGCCGAGAUCGAUGACGAUGACGCCUCCCAGUACUUUUCGCUCAUUCAUGGCACCGGCAAGAAUGCGGGCCUGUACGCGAUCAAGGGUAAAAUGACGGGUAAUGUGCUCUUCUCGCGCACCCAUAUGGAUCCGCGCGUGGGACAUAUCGGUGGCGAUGGGAAAUAUGGUGAUAACUGGUUCAGGAUCGAGCCGGGCGAGGGUCGGUACUUGGGGAAUUUCCGACUCGUCAUGCCCUCAGCCGGCGUGGCGCUGUUCUCGCGCACGCAUAUGGAGCCGCAGGUCUGGAACUACACCGCAAAUGAGAUUCAUACAGAUCACUAUUUCAGCUUUCUUUUCGAGGCUGUGCACGUCGACAAGGUCGAGUACGACCUCAAGCUCGGUAGGAUCGUCUCUUCGGCGAGAAGGGUACUCGCGUCGCAGACGUUCGAGAAUCGUACGAAGCAGUUGCAGAGUACGACGCUCGAGUUGUGCGAGUCUGAGACACACAGCGGCAUGUUUGAAUACGGCGCGGGGUUCAACUUGGCCGCAGGCACUACGCUGAAAGCAGCCGUACCUGAGGUUGACGAAACCGGGCUGACAGGAGACCCGUACUCCAACCGGGAGAUGAGGUGGGGUGAGCGGAAUGAGUUUGUGAAGAAGUACGUCGCGACUCUCCGGAUGAACGCGGACCCUGGAGAGACCGUGCGGGCGAUUGCGACCAUACAAAAAGGUGAAAUUGAGGUCCCAUACACGAUGUACCUAAGCUCGGAGAAGACGGGCGUCAAGCUGGAGUCGAAGGGACUCUGGCGAGGCGUAUGGACAUGGAACCUGCGUCUCUUCAUUGAACCUGCAUAUUCCCAUCACGAGCUAGAUAUGAUUGAAAACAGUACGCCCUCUCGUGAGAGGAAGCUCGAAUUUAUUUCUCAUUCAUUUAGUACGCACCAUAGGGAGCUCUUGCAAUAGGGUAAGACGUUCGAAAUCGCUGUCCCCCGCAUUUUGUCAGGGGUGUGUAUUUGCUAUCAAUAUCCAGGAUCCGAGUCCAGUAGCAAGGCGUCGAUAUAGGGCUGUCUUUGACAGAAUUGAUCACUACCAG